AGAAUGGAUCAAAGCAGAACUGAGGGAGAUCUCUCCUGAAAAGCAUGGCUGACAGCAGUUACAGUUGAAUGUUGAGUAAAACUGGCACCAGCAUCUGCAGCCCAGGCUGAUGAAGAGGGCCAAAUGUCACAUCAUGUCUCAAACUAUUGAUGUGAACACAGAGCCUCUGACAUGGCCUGUAGCUCCAGAUGGCUACAUCCCCAACUCCGUGAUCCGGAGCUGGAGGUGGAAGGGAAAGGGAUUCAGCCAAACAGACUUUCAGGAGUUCCCAAUAAAUUAUCCGGACAGUUUGAGCACAAGAAUUUUCUGGUUCAUCCAAGAGGAAGAGGAAGAGGACGAGGAAGAAAAAAUAGACUUUGUGAAAAGGAGGAGGAAAGAAAAGGAAGAUAAGAAAAACAAAAAAGAGGAGGAUAAAAAAGAUCUGAAGGUGAAGGAGGGUAGGAAGAAAGAGAAGGAAGUUGAAAAAAAUGAGAAAGAAAAUGAGAAAAAAACUGGAGUGGAGAGAAGAAAGAAAGACAGGGAAGAGAAGGAAGAAGACAAGUGGGAUAGGAAUGACCUCCCGAAGCAGUCCCACAACAUCCAGACGAAGACUAGUCUGCAGAGCCAGCUGAAAACAUUUGAUGAUGGAAAACUGAGGCAUCAGAGGCAAGAAUUUGGUUCAACAUACAGUUCAAGAGAGACUGUGAACUUCCUACCAGCCUCCUCUCAUGAAAAUGGACCUAAACCACCAGGAGAGCUGAGGGAAGAUAUGAAACUUCAAGAAACCAUCAGAGCUCCACUGCAAUAUGUCUCUGUGCCAAAUAAACAGAGAACAUCCAGUUUCAUUCCCAGAGAUUGGUCAGAACCUCCAGUGGAAAGUCCUGUGGUGUCUGCAGAUACUUUCAUCCGAAAUCAAGCUGUAGAAUCCAGGUUUACCACUUAUCUACCACACACAGAGCCCAAAAACUGGGCCUCACAUCCCCAGACAUCUGCACCAUCAAUCCCAGAGGAUCCUCAUCCCCAACCAGAACUGAGGCCCCCUGAACCCUCUCCGAUCAGAGAUAAGAGGUUCCUACUGUCCUUGGCCAAGUAUAACAACAUCAGAGACCAGACACAGGUGCCUCUUGAUCAAAAAGUCUUGAAGCUCUAUAGGAAGUUCAAAGUCAGCAACAAACACUUGACACACCAUGGAAAACUCUCUACCACUGCCUCUAGAGCUUUGAACUCCACUAUUCGGACUGAUACUGGAGGGCUGAAACUGAGCGGUGACCCAUUCUGUUCUGAUUACCACAAGCUAGCAGCAACAUUGGCCACUACAGAGCAUCCAGUAAAGUCCUCCAAUGAUAGACAACUUCCAGCAUCCAUAUCCUCAGUCCAGCCUGGCCAUGUAGCAGCACCUCUGAGGGUGGUGCAGAAGAUUCAGAUGAAAAACACCCUGAAGUUGGCCUCCUCCCAUUUCCAUCAUGUGAUCCCAAUGGCCUCCCAGCACAGCUUCUUUACUUUGAAUCCCUGUGGAAAGACUCACUUUGGAAGGCUGCAGUUUGACUGGGUGAGGGGAGAUGAGAACGACAAGCUGCUGAGAGCAUCUGCUCAUAUAGUUGUAGAUGACAACAUGGUUUUGUAACAUCUUAAUACAUCUGCUUAGCAGUUGGCCAGCUCUUGCACCAUUUCAUUAUGAUUCAUUUGGCUGAAAAAUAAAAUAAUCUGUUGUGCAUCAUUUUGGUCAUAUACUACAGUAAUCUAGGUUUGGGAUACCUUAUUUAAAAACCAGGACCAUCUAGGGAUGGUGAAGCUGGUUGGUUGUUUCUCCUCUUUGAUCCAGACUGGAAUAUAUCAACAAAUAUCAGGUCAACAACAAGUGUCAUCUGAUGUAUGAUUAAUAACAACACAAAAACUGGACAGUUAUAACACACAUACUUUUAUUGACUUGGUAUCAGUGUUUCUAAUUUGAUAUGACAUUAACAUAAAUGGCAAAACAUCUGGACUGUACUGAGCACUGUAACAAAGAAUCUAAAUAGGGAAACAUUCUAUGUUAACUCGUACAGAAUUUAAAGCUGAAAAACAAAUAUGGCUAAUGUUACCUCACAUUGUCUCAGGAGGUUUAAAUUAAAAAUAAUAUACAAUAAAGACCUAUAAAAGAAAUACAACAACACGCUGGCUGUGCAGUGGGUUUACUGAUGGAGAAUGAAACUCUGUGAUUUUCAAAGAAAAAAAAACAACGUAGUUCUAUGUAAGGCAGACAUACAGUUUAUUUGGGUAAAAUGAUACAUAUGCUGAGAUGGCACUCUGAUAGAAACUAUAAAGUCAAACAAUGGCAUUUCAGACAUGUGUAUUUCAUUAGGCAAAUUGUUAAGGUCACCAUGUUUAAAAAUCUACUGCUUUUGGAGACACGGAGUACAGCAUAUUACAUUACAGCAAAUGCAAAUGGUUUUCAUUCAUUUUUUUAUUAAUUAUACAGAAAAAAAUGUAGACUGCUCAAAUUUUGAAUUAACCUGGAGGAGCCAUACCAAAAUACAUUGUAUUCACCAAAACAUAUACUGUCAUAAUUAUUAUUUCUAUAUGCUGUAGGCCUAAUUACGACUUCUCUUAUUUUUGUCUUUUUUUGGUGAAUGCAAUGUGAUUCCAUUGAACUACAGCACAUCAUAGCACCAUCAGCAUGAAUGAGUCCAUAAUGGCCGUGGGUAUGUGACAAUACAGCUGUAAAAUACUUUAAUGAUUAAAAACUGUUCAGUUAAUAAAGGUCUAUUUUGCUAGCUUCUAUCUCGAACACAACAGUAAUUUGUCCCAUAGCCAGUGCAUGAAAGCCAAUGAGUAGGUCUGCUUCUGUGCCCUAUAUCUUUGAAACAGUCCUUUAUACUACUGUGUAACUACAACUGUAGCAUCUACACCUUACUUAAAAACUCAUCAGUGAAUGGGGAGUGUGGUGCUGCAAGGCAUUCUUCAGAGAUAUUACACCCACUUUUUGAGAUGAAUAUCAGCAAAGCAUAAACAGGACAAACAUUGCUAUUCACCA